UUUAAAAAAUCUCGGAUCAUUAUCAUGUUGUGGCUUACUACUUGAUCCAACAUCAGUAUCCACCUAAGCAGAGGAAUAAACUGAACCAGUUAUCCUACUAAAUUUCCAAUUUCAGCAGUUAUGUUCUUCAAUCAUGCAUGUCUUCCUAAAAAUAUUACUAUGGAUUUCUGGACAAAGUGAAUAUGGCAUCAUUUCGAGCAUUCUUGAACAGCCCUGUUGGCCCCAAGACGACACACUUCUGGGGUCCUGUAAGCAACUGGGGAUUCAUUCUUGCAGGAUUAGCUGACACGCAGAAACCCCCAGAAUUGAUAUCUGGCCAAAUGACAGGAGUGCUGUGCGUAUAUUCGGCAUUGUUUAUGAGGUUUGCUUGGGUGGUACGGCCACGGAACCAUUUUCUUAUGGUGACUCAUGCCUCGAAUGAAUGUGUGCAACUAUAUCAGCUAUCUCGUUGGGCAAAGGGCCAGUGGUACUUACAGCACAAAGAAGACAAGCCUACAACAUCUCAGUGAUCUGGAUCUACGUUUUAUGUCUAUAUGCAUAUGUAGCAUUCGAGGCGAUCCUCAUUCUUGCAACUGUUUAAACCAUUUGUAGACAAUAAAAUGCACAGAACAGAAGCAACAUUCUUUAUCUUAUAUGUACUGAUGUAUCCAUAUGACUGUAUAACCAUUUCUAUAUUUAUCUUAUAGAAAUGAUGAAGAAGCUAGCAAAAUGCAAGUUCAAACUCGUAAACCUUUUGGUUGCCAA